GCGGUGGUCCUGCUGCUGGGGUCUGACCUGAGCUGGCUCGGCCUGAAGGAGCAGGUCGGGGUCAACGGCCAGAACACGGAGAGACGGGUGCUGGCCCACAUCCCCGGAGACAUCAUUAUAGGAGCUCUGUUCUCAGUGCACCACCAACCACCUGCAGAUAAGGUCCACGAGAGGAAGUGUGGUGCGGUGAGGGAGCAGUACGGGAUCCAGAGGGUCGAGGCCAUGAUGAGCACGCUGGAUCUAAUCAAUGCAGACCCCACUAUCCUCCCCAAUAUCACCUUGGGCUGCGAGAUCAGGGACUCGUGCUGGCACUCGGCCGUGGCUCUGGAGCAGAGCAUCGAGUUUAUUCGGGACACGCUGGUGUCCAACGAGGAGGAGGAGAGCCAGGGCAAGUGUGUGGCCGAGGCAGGGAGCUCGCUGCCCCAGGGGAAGAAGCCCAUCGUGGGUCUGAUCGGACCCGGGUCCAGCUCCGUGGCCAUCCAGGUGCAGAACCUGCUCCAGCUCUUCAACAUCCCACAGAUCGCCUACUCCGCCACCAGCAUGGAUCUGAGUGACAAGAGCCUGUUUAAAUAUUUCAUGAGGGUGGUGCCAUCAGACAUGCAACAAGCCAGAGCCAUGGUCGACAUCGUCAAGAGAUACAACUGGAGCUACGUGUCCGCAAUACACACAGAGGGUAACUAUGGAGAGAGCGGUAUGGAGGCUUUUAAAGACAUGGCAGCUAAGGAAGGAAUCUGCAUCGCCCACUCGGACAAGAUCUACAGCAACGCAGGAGAACGUGGCUUCGAUAAGCUGCUGCAGAAACUCCGAGCCCACCUGCCCAAAGCCAGGGUGGUGGCCUGCUUCUGCGAGGGCAUGACGGUCCGGGGGAUCCUCAUGGCCAUGAGGCGCCAGGGCCUGGUGGGAGAGUUCCUGCUGCUUGGAAGUGACGGCUGGGCCGACCGCUCCGACGUCACAGACGGAUACCAGAGGGAGGCGGCCGGCGGAAUCACCAUCAAGCUGAAGUCUGCCUACGUGACCUGGUUCGAUGAUUAUUACCUGAACCUGAAGCCGGACGCCAAUCAGAGGAACCCCUGGUUCCCUGAGUUCUGGCAGCACCGCUUCCAGUGCCGGCUGAGGGGUCACCCGCUGGAGAACACCGCCUUCAACCGCACCUGCACCUGGAGAGAGUCUCUGCGUCACCAGUAUGCCCAAGACACCAAGAUGGGCUUUGUCAUUAAUGCCAUCUAUUCCAUGGCGUACGGCCUACAUGCCAUGCAGCAGUCUCUCUGUCCAGGAUACAAGGGUCUAUGUGAGUCCAUGAGACCCAUCGAUGGCCAGAAGCUGCUGGAUUUCCUGAUGAAAACCAACUUCACUGGUGUUUCCGGGGAGAUCAUCCUCUUCGACCAGAACGGAGACUCUCCGGGCAGGUAUGAAAUCAUGAACUUCAAGCACAUCGGCGAGGAUGAGUAUUCUUACAUCCACGUGGGGAGCUGGGAUCAAGGCGGCUUAAGGAUGAAUGAUGAGGAAAUCUGGAGCAACAACAGCGAAGUCAUCCAGUCAGUCUGCUCGGAGCCCUGCCAGAAGGCACAGAUCAAGGUGAUCCGUAAAGGAGAGGUGAGCUGCUGCUGGACCUGCACCCCCUGCAAGGACAACGAGUUUGUGUUUGACGAGUACACUUGUCGUGCCUGUGUCCUGGGAUCCUGGCCGACAGACGACCUCACCGGUUGUGAGCGGAUCCAGGUGCAGUUCGUACGCUGGGGGGAUCCAGAGCCCAUCGCUGCGGUGGUCUUCUCCUGUCUCGGCCUCAUGGCCACACUUUUUGUUACCUCAGUAUUUAUCAAGUUUUCGGACACUCCCGUGGUGAAGUCGUCCAGUCGUGAGCUCUGCUACAUCAUCCUGGCUGGAAUAUGUCUGGGCUACCUGUGCACCUUCAGCCUCAUCGCCAAGCCGCACAUCAUCUACUGCUACCUGCAGCGGCUCGGCAUCGGCCUGUCCCCGGCCAUGAGCUACUCCGCCCUGGUCACCAAGACCAACCGAAUCGCUCGGAUCCUGGCAGGCAGCAAGAAGAAGAUCUGCACCAAGAAACCUCGCUUCAUGUCCGCCUGCGCACAGUUGGUCAUCGCCUUCCUACUCAUCCUGCUUCAGCUGGGGAUUAUUGUGACUCUUCUCGUCAUAGAGCCACCACAGGUGAUCUUCGACUACCCCAGUAUCCGAGAGGUGCACCUGAUCUGUAACCUGACCACCAUCGGGGUGGUGGCGCCGCUGGGCUACAAUGGGCUGCUCAUCCUCAGCUGCACCUUCUACGCCUUCAAGACUCGUAAUGUGCCGGCUAAUUUUAACGAAGCCAAGUACAUUGCCUUCACCAUGUACACCACCUGCAUCAUCUGGCUGGCCUUCGUUCCCAUUUACUUUGGCUCCAACUACAAGAUCAUCACCAUGUGCUUCAGCGUCAGCCUCAGCGCCACAGUGGCUCUCUGCUGCAUGUUCGUCCCGAAGGUGUACAUCAUGCUCGCCAAGCCGGAGAAGAACGUCCGCAGUGCGUUCACGACGUCCACGGUGGUGCGGAUGCACGUGGGCGACGCCAAAAAAGUUCCCAAGACCACCAAGCCCUCCAGCAGCAUGGCCAACCUGUUUCGACGCCGUGGCUCUACUCAUGAGGACGUGAGUGCCAAUGGGAAAUCCGUGACCUGGACGAAGAGCGAGCGCAGCUACCGACCGAACCUGUGGAAGAGGAUGUCCUUCCACGUGAAGAAGAAAGACCCGGUGGAGGCGAACCAGACGGCCAUCAUCAAGCCCUUCUCAGAGGGAGGAGAUCUCCCCGUGGAGGUCAAAGGUCAGUACGAGGACCCCCGGGUGUCUCCGCCCUUCGCCUGCUCGCCCUCUCCGUCCCCUCUGCUCAACGCCAGCCAGCACGCAGCCAAUAAGGGGAGGGGCCUCCAGGGGGGGGAGGAGCCUCAAGCUUUACCCACCUACGCACCGGAGCACGCUGCCGGGGUCAGAAGACGAGGAGGGGACGGAGGCCAGGGUCUGCUGGACGGGGGGGACGGCAUCAGCAUCAUCCCGGUGGGCAUGGGCGACCUCGGCACCGGGCUGCUUGGAGGUCAAACCCAGGGCGUCACCAUCAUGGACCAGAUCAGCUGCGUGGUCAACCGCUUCACCGCCAACAUCAGCGAGCUCAACACCAUGAUGCUGCCGGGGGGGGCCGUCGUCCCCCCCCCCUCUGAUUCCACCCCUCCGGAUCCAGACGCCGCCCCCGGGCCUCCUCAGUACCUGGCGUCCAGGAGCAAGCACCCGGGCCCCUCCUCCACCGUCACCACCUACGCCGAGGUGGCGGCGGUUUCCACCUUCUGCGAGAACCGACCGGCGGCCAAGAUCUACGAGCACCUGGCCGGGACGUGCGUGAGCGGCAGGCGAGCGAAGGACAUGGAGGAGCUGGUGGCCCUCACCCCCCCCUCGCCCUUCAGGGACUCGUCUCUGAGCUCCGACGGCAGCUCGGACCCGUCGCUGUCCCCGGCCUCCGAGGAGGAGGAGUACGACCAGCUGCUGCUCAGACACUUCAGCCAGAGCUCCUCCUCCCUCUGA